GUUUGCUUUGUUGUGUAUGGUUUUAUAAUUGAACAGGUUUGCUCCAGUUUGAACUGACUGUGCAUGGACUGUGUAGAGAGAAGCAUUGGAUAAAGCUUCUACUUUCUGUCUCCUCUUGCUAACAUCUUGCCGUUAUUCAAUGACCGUCGCAAAGCCAAGGAUCCUGUACAUUCCAUGGGAUGAGCCUGUUCAUGACGAAGAAGCAUGGAAGACACUCAAUGAGAAGUUUGAGCUUGUUAACUACGACUUUGACACAGUGGAAGAGUAUAUGGACGAGUUGAGAAAGCCAGACCAUGGUAAGAUUGGUAACAUCGAUGGUGUUUGUCGCUCUGCAUGGCUUAAAUCAAACCCAUAUAUUCACCAUUACAUCCUCAGGGACGAAGCAGUGAAGUUGUUGCCUGAGUCUGUAAAGAUUGUUGUGCAAUCAGGUCAUGGUUACGAUAUCGUUGACGUUGAUUACUUGACUUCGAGAGGCAUUGUCUUUUGCAACUCUCCUGAUUCCUGCUCAAGAGCCACUGCAGAUAUUGGUAUAUCGUUGAUCUUGAACUCUUUCCGUUAUUUGACAUUCGCAGAACACUGUGUCAGAACCCCUGGAAUGUAUUACCAAAGCCAAGAGAUUGCGCAUUUCGGAGAGGAUCCAAACGGGAAGACUUUGGGUAUCGUUGGCUUGGGCGACAUUGGGUCCCUUGUUGCAAAGACAUGUAAAAGCCUCGGUAUGGAUAUCGUUUACCAUAACAGAUCGCCUAAACCGUUGUUGGAGGCACAAACGCCUAUGCAGUACUGUAAGUCGAUUGACGAGCUCUUUGCUCAGGCUGACUGCAUCUUCAUCUCGUGUCCUUACACCAAAGAGACAAGACACCUUAUCAAUACUGAGGCGUUCAAGAAGAUGAAACCGAGAGUGCGCCUGGUGAACAUAGCUAGAGGCCCGAUAGUCGAAGAAGCUGCUGUGAUCGCUGCUCUCGAGAGUGGCCAACUCGUCGGUGCAGGCUUCGAUGUUCACGAGUUUGAGCCAAAGAUCGAUGAACGACUUCUACGUAACUGGAAGAUCACACUGACUCCGCACACCGGUGUCUGUACUAGAGAUUCUUUCCAAAACUUUGAAAAGAAAUGCGUGAAGAACCUCGUUCAGUAUUUCUACGGGAACGAAAAGCCCCAUACAAUCGUUAACGACGAAGCUUAUCACAGUUCAACAUCAGAAUAAACAGAACCACCCAGAUUAUUCACUUUGUAGAUAGAAAAGAAC